AUGACCAUGACCAUGACCGUCAUCAUUACCAUCAGCAUCCCCAUCCCCAUGAUCUUCACCAUCACCUUCACCAUUAAUGUGACCAUCAGCAUCCCCAUCACCAUUACCAUGAUCCCCACCAUGACCAUCACCUUCCCCAUUACCAUGACCAUCACCCUACCAUCACCGUCACCAUCAGGGUUACCCUGGGAAGGAUGUGGAGUUGACACCCACCCCCCACCACCACCACCUCCCCCUUAUUUCCCAUCCCCAUCCCCCUUAUUCCCUCCAUCUCUUCCCAUCUCCAUCCCUCCGUCUCUUCCCAUCUCCAUCCCUCCGUCUCUUCCCAUCUCCAUCCCUCCGUCUCUUCCCAUCUCCAAUCCCUCCGUCUCUUCCCGGCUCCGUCCCUCCGUCCUCUCCGCCCCAAAUCCCUCC